AUGGCUGAUACCUGUGCCGCUGUGAUCCUCAUUCUUGUGACUGUUUUCCUCCCGCCAGCUGGAGUCUUUUUUAUCGGCGGUUGCUCGGCCGACCUCUUGAUCAAUAUACUCCUAACUGUACUAGGUUACUUUCCAGGCCAUAUCCAUGCGUUCUAUUGCCUAUGGGUCUACUAUGAAGCCAAGGGUAAAGGCCGUGACGGCAGAAUGAGGAGCAAAACACCACCAGGUAUCUUCUCAAAGAGAAUCCUGAACGGCGGCGAAAGGUCGACACACUAUUACCCCGAACAGAACGCACCGCCUGCCGCUCAAGGUUAUGGCACAACCGCUUCUGCGGCACCAAGUGGCACUAAUGGAGGAUACCAACCAAGCGUGCCGGCACGAUGA